UCUAGCAUCGCAAGCUUUCCACACGGCCCUACCAAAUCCGGCAGGCAGCUUCAUGAAUGUGAUCCACCGCAGGAGCCGUACGUCAGCUUCUUUUUCUUUUUCCCCGCUGCUGAAACAGAUAGAGAUUGCUUCUUCCCGACUCCUUGCAUAUUUCUCUCAAACCCACAAUCCAAAUCCAAAGAAUAUCAAUUUCGAUGAAUUAAAUUUCUCUUUUCUUUUUCAGAUGAUCGUUUCAUGGUUUCCUUCCCCUGCUACAGAGGAAUCUCCUUUUCCUUCAUUAUAUAUAGAAAACUGAAAACAGAGCACACUAGUAGAGAAAAAAAAACCCCAGCCCAGCUCGCAAUCCGACGAUGAUUCCGCAACACGACGCAACCGUAUCGUCGCCGCUGUCGUCGGCGUGGAACAGAAGCACAACGACGACGGAGGGUGGCGGCGAAAUUCAUCCUCACAGCAACUCGCUUGCCCACAUGAGCUUCUGGUGGGGGCACAAGACCGAAUUCCUGUUCCCCGGUUGGCCCGGGCCGAACCCGGGGAUGUACGCCCUGGGUCUAAUCUUCGUGUUCGCUAUAGCAGUGAUGGUGGAGUGGCUGAGCUACUGCAGCAUCGUGAAGCCAGGUACGAGCAAGGCCGCCGCCGGGUUUUUCAAGACCGGGAUGUACGCAUUGCGUGCUGGGCUGUCUUAUAUGGUCAUGCUGGCGGUUAUGUCCUACAACGGUGGGGUUUUCCUGACGGCGGUGUUCGGGCACGCGGUCGGGUUUGUGCUGUUUGGAAGCUCGGUCUUGAGGAGGUCCGACAACAGGGAGCCGGAUCUAGCGCGUGGCAAAUGCUGAGAUUGAUCGUUGUUGUUGAGUGUUUCUGAUGGUCGUUUUGUCUUGGUGGUGGGAACUUUCUUGUUGUUGAAUAAAUUGUGAUUUACCGU